AUGCCAACGUAUUUUCCUUCUGAUAUCAAAUAUAAUCCGAUUCCUUUCAAUCAUACUUACAUUUUGUAUGAUCCAAAGGAUAUCAUAUCCAUGAUAUCGGUUCACUUGUCUCUUUUACCCAUUUAUACCAUGGUUUUCUACACCUCAUGGUUUUUGAUUACUAGAGAAAUAGAACCGGUUAUUGUUGUUGGAGGUCACUUGAUUGGAGAAAUAUUAAACAAAAUCGUGAAAAAAUUAAUCAAACAACCCAGACCAGAAUUUCAUAAAGAUUUUGGUUCAGGCUCUUACUCCUUGACUUACGGUAUGCCUUCCGCCCAUUCCCAAUUCAUGGGAUUUUUCGCUGCUUACUUCAUCUGCAUUUUCUUAUUUAAAAUGAAUCAUUUUUCUGCUAUACAAAAAUACCUUGGUUGUGGGAUCUUAAUAUCCAGUGGAUUAUUGGUUGCAUUCUCGAGAGUUUAUCUCUUAUACCAUACUAUCCAACAAGUGUUGGUUGGGGUUAUGUUUGGUGCUUUACUCGGUUUAGUCUACUUUGUCAUAAUUUCAAUUGCAAGAGAUGUUGGUUUUAUUGAUUUCAUCAUCUCCUGGCCCUUUGUCAAGUUUUUCUAUAUAAAAGAUACUUACUUCCAUUCAUUCCAAACUUUCAAAAUGGAAUAUGAUAGAUAUAUCGAAUUGAAAAGCAUUACUAAAGGUUCAAUCCUUCAAAUAUAA